GCCUUGUCCGACCUCGAUCUACCAAUCGGACCGAGCUCCCCACCAAAACUGAACCAAGUGCAUCAUCCCCAAGAAAAUUUCCCCUCGGUGCGCCAUUUCAGCACAAAAGGAGUCAGAAGCCCAAGCCCCCACCAACAGCACCGGGGAGGACAAUUCUUGACCGAGAGCCUGAGCCGGUCAUUCUUUGUGACUAACACUUCAGCGUGAGUUGUAAGCCGGUGCUUCAUCUUGCGCGAUGAUACAGCGGCUAUCGAAUUGAGCUCAACUUACCUACACAUUUCUUCUUCAAGCUCGCGCAGCAAGCCGCAUUGGGAUUCUUCAGCUCAGGGUCCUGGUCCUCUAAUCAAAGCCAGCAAACCCACUUUCUUCACAUCACACAAACACCCUACUAGUACAGCUACACGAUGCCGGUGACACUUGUGCUAGGGGCGCAAUGGGGCGACGAAGGCAAAGGCAAGCUGGUUGACAUUCUAGCGUCGUCCGCGAACCUGGUGUGCCGGGCGGCCGGGGGCAACAACGCGGGGCACACGAUCGUGGUCAACGACGUAACAUACGACUUCCACAUCCUGCCGUCGGGCCUGAUCAAUCCAUCAUGCCAGAUCAACCUGAUCGGGACGGGGUGCGUGGUUCACAUUCCGAGCUUUUUUAAAGAGCUUAAAGCGCUGGAAGAGAAAGGGCUACAAGGAGUACGGGAACGGAUUCUGGUCAGCGACCGGGCGCAUGUCUGUUUCGACCUACAUGGCGUGGUGGACGGCGUGGCCGAGGACAAGAGCAAGACAGUCGAGGGCGGCAAGGGCAUGAUUGGCACGACGCGCAAGGGCAUCGGCCCCUGCUACAGCGACAAGGUGGCCCGACGCGGCGUGACGUUUUGGAUGCUGGUCAACGAGCAGCAGCGCUGGAUCGACCGUCUGCGCGCCCUUGAGGCAAACUACCGGCGUCUUUACGGCGAUGCCGCCCUCCAAGGCUACGACGUCGAGGCCGAGAUUGAGAAACUCAAGGGUUUCCGUGCCGAGCUGCAAAACUAUGUCGUUGACCAGACCCCCUUGCUCGCCCAGGCCGUCGGCACGAAGGGUGCUGCAACGACGAACAACCCGAAACAGCCAAACAUUCUCAUCGAGGGCGCCAAUGCUCUUCUGCUCGACAUCGACCAUGGAACCUACCCGUUCGUCACGUCCAGCAACACCGGUCUCGGCGGCGUCUUUACGGGUCUGGCCGGCCUGUCUCCUCAAUCGCUGUCGGCGCCUGGAAGCAACAUUGUCGGCGUCGUCAAGGCAUACACCACCCGUGUUGGUUCGGGUCCUUUCCCCACCGAACUCGACGCCGCUAUUUCUUCUGUCGAUGCCGACUACGGCGAACGUCUGCAGCGCGUGGGCCGCGAGUUCGGCGUCACCACGGGCCGCAAACGUCGCUGUGGCUGGUUUGAUCUAGUUCUCGUCAAGUACUCGGCCGCCGUCAACUGCUAUACUCAGCUCAACCUGACCAAACUUGAUGUCUUGGACGACUUCGAUGUCAUCCGUGUCGCCACCCAUUACAAGAUCGAUGGCAAGCUUCUCGACAGCUUCCCCGCCGACCUGGAUGCCCUUGAGCGCCUCGAAAUCGAGUACAAGACUUUCAAGGGCUGGCAGACAAAGACUACUGGCUGCAAGACCUUUGAAGAGUUACCCGCUGCUGCCCGGGAAUAUGUCGAGUACAUUGAGAACGAGGUCGGCGUGCCCAUCAAGUGGAUCGGCACUGGCCCUCGAAGAGAAGACAUGAUUGUUAGAUAAAAGGGUCAUUUCCAUUGCUAGACGGUGGUGGUGGUCAAGUUCAUGGACUCGUGGCGUUACCAAAACUAAGACACUUUCAACACAGCGUUCUUCGCACGGAAAGUAGGGCAAGUCUAUACAUGCGCCUAGGGCUAACAGUGGCCUUUUUCUCUCACGAUCUGCCGAUGGGGGUUGGGCAAAAUGCUAGAUGUGCCAUGCUUCAUGAAAUAGAGCCCGAUUGGCACUGCUCUAUUUAUCUUAUGCUUGUACAUACACUUUGGGUGGCCCAGCUCGAUUCUAGAAGGAAGAGCAAAAUUAAGAGUUUCUCCAGGCAACGAAAAUAUCAGGCCAUGUCCCGCAAGCCCCGGUUGAGAACCAAUCCGUUGGCUGGAUAGAAGUGUGUCUGGGGAAAUCAUAUUAUGCCAUCCAUGGCCCCAUGUGACCUUUCAUGCAGCUCAGCUGGCCGGCGUAGGAUAUGCCCACUCAUAAUACCUAGACGCUAUUGUUUUGCUCCUUCAGUCGGCCACAAAGUCAUAAUUCGGAUUAGCCUUGACCGGCACCUUUUUGCUUGAAUUGCUGAGUUACAUUCACAAGACAGCGACGACUCCUGCGAGUGCAAUAGCAGCA